GGCUGUACAAACCCAAGAGGUCGGACCCGCAGCUGCUGGCUCAGUUCUACUAUGCUGACGAGGAGCUGAACCAGGUGGCUGCAGAGCUGGACAGCCUGGACGGGCGCAAGGACCCCCAGCGGUGCACGCUGCUCGUCAGCCAGUUCCGCUCCUGCCAGGACAACGUGUUAAACAUCAUUAACCAGAUCAUGGACGAGUGUAUCCCCCAGGACCGCGCCCCACGGGAUUUCUGUGUCAAGUUCCCCGAGGAGAUCCGGCACGACAACCUGGCUGGCCAGCUGUGGUUCGGUGCUGAGUGCCUGGCCGCCGGCUCCAUCAUCAUGAACCGCGAGCCCGAGAGCAUGGCCAUGCGCCCGCUGGCCAAGGAGCUGACCCGCAGCCUGGAGGACGUGCGGGGCGCCCUCCGCGACCAGGCGCUGCGGGACCUCAACAGCUACACGGAGAAGAUGAGGGACGCCCUGAGGCACUUCGACGUCCUGUUCGCAGAGUUCGAGCUGAGCUAUGUCUCUGCCAUGGUGCCUGUGAAGUCUCCCAGGGAGUACUACGUGCAGCAGGAGGUCAUCGUGCUGUUCUGCGAGACAGUGGAGAGGGCCCUGGUCUUCGGGUACCUGACCCAGGACAUGAUUGAUGACUACGAGCCGGCCCUCAUGUUCACUAUUCCAAGGCUGGCCAUCGUGUGUGGCCUCGUGGUCUAUGCGGAUGGACCCCUGAACUUGGAGCGCAAGGUGGAAGACAUGUCCGAGCUGUUCCGGCCCUUCCACACGUUGCUGCGGAAAAUAAGGGAUUUGCUGCAGACGCUGACCGAGGAGGAGCUGCACACGCUGGAACGGAACCUCUGCAUUUCCCAAGAGGUGGAGUUCCCCCUCCGGGCUGACGUGCAGGUGCCCACGGCCCUGGCACCCGCCUUUCCCACACCCCUCCCCGCCGAGGAGCCGCUGUCAGCCAAGGCCCCAGACCCGGAGGCAGAGCUGGCCUGCUCCAUGCAGUACGAUGACCAGGAACUGGAGCAGCUCAGCCGCAUGGUCCACAGGGCUGGGGACGAGAUGUCGUCCCUGCUCUCGCCGCCCAGUGCCUGCCAGUCCCCUGCGCACAGGCCAGGGGCUGAGAGCAGCCCCCGUGGGGAGGCGUCUCCAGGCAGGGUGCGGCUGCCGUCAGGUGGUGACGAAGAGGAGCGGGUGUUCUUCAUGGACGACGUGCAUGAAGAGUCCCCGGGCGGCCCCCAUGCAGGCCCCCAGGAGAGAGGGCAGGGCCUGCAGGGCAGGGAGGUGGCGCUUGGUGCACGUGCCACACAGAAGGAGGAGGACGUGAGCAACAACAACGUCGUGGACGACGCGGCGUGGGUGGCCGGCCUGGCGGGCUCUGGCUCCUGCACCUGCCUGGACUCUCAGCUGCACCUGGACGGCUGGGAGGCGCGAGCGGAUGGUGCCGAGACGGCCGAGAUGAUCGCCCACCGGACAGGGGGCAUGAAGCUCUCGGCCACGGUCAUCUUCAAUCCCAAAUCACCCACCUGCCUGGACUCUGCCAGCGCCACCCAGGAAGCCCCAGGCUGCGGUACUUCCGAAGCAGAGCCCGUGGCCCAAGGGACAGAUGGUGGCCCCCACAAACUCAGCUCUGCGGCCACCACCUGCCUCCUCAAUUCCUGCGUGUGCUGCGGGAGCUGCGGGGACGGCAGGGAGGACGCUGCGGAGCGUCUGCGGGAGAAGUGCAGCCCUGGAAGCAUCGUCAGUGCCUCUUACCCCACCGGCUUAGCCAAGGCCAGUGACAAGGGCCCCGAGAGACUGGAUGAGGCCCGGCUGGCCCCCCAAUCCCACCUGCCCUCAGAAGACGCCUCUGACAGGCAGGAUCCCAAAGCCCCUUCUGCCAACAAGUGCCUGGCACAUGCCUCAGGUUCCCAGGUGGACACAGCGAACGGGUCACGAGGAGAGACCACGGUGGCAAGUGAGCAGGAGGAGCCCUCGGUCCAGGGGCAGCCUCAGCGCCCGCCGGGCUCCAGUGGCUCCAUGGCUGGUUCCUGCUCCUUAGACAAGAUCAAGCUGGAGGCCACCCCCGCAGCCACGCAGGCCACACCCACGGCCAUAAGAGAGAAGAUCCGGUCCAGGUUCCACAGCAGUCACGACCUGAUCCACCGCCUGUUUGUCUGCAUUUCGGGGGUGGCGGACCAGCUGCAGACAAACUACGCGAGUGACCUGAGGAGCAUCCUCAAGACACUGUUUGAGGUCAUGGCCACCAAGCCAGAGACUGACGACAAGGAAAAGUUAAAGAAGGUCACUCAGACCCUGCGGAGUGCGGCCUUGGAGGACUGCGUACUCUGCCAGGAGACCCUGUCAUCCUCUGAACUCGCAGCCAAGACCUGUGAUGGAGACUUCGAAGACCCACCUGAGUGGGUGCCAGAUGAGGCCUGUGGCGUCUGCACCGCUUGCAAAGCACCCUUCACCGUCAUCCGCCGGAAGCACCACUGCCGAAGCUGCGGGAAGAUCUUCUGCUCCCGCUGCUCCUCGCACUCGGCGCCGCUGCCCCGCUAUGGGCAGGUGAAGCCCGUCCGCGUGUGCACGCACUGCUACAUGUUCCACGUCACGCCCUUCUACAGGGACAAGCCUGGCGUGUGACGCGGCGCCGAGGCACUCCCUGACCUCCCAGGAAGGAGGGGCUGCACCGUGCCUCAUCCUGGCCGCGCUGCUGGAGGGUCUCUCUGCAUCUCACUAAGCUGCUGCUGCCACCGCUGCUUCCAGAAUGUCCAGAGCCUCGGUCCCACCCAGCCCGGCCUCCCCACUGCAGGGACCCCAGGCCAGCCGCAGGGGCUGACAGUAGGUUCGUUUGGCCCGUGGGGGGACCCUGGAUUGGGAGGCCUGGUGGCUGUCUCCAGGGCUGAGGGCCUAGGCAUGGCCAGGGACGUCUCGCCCGUCCAUCUGAGCGGAUGGCGGAUAUGUACAGGAGCGUGGCCACUCUGCACAGCCUCCUCUGCUGCGGAGAAUCUGGAAGCAAGAGCGAGGGACGAGGGUGGCCUCCCCAUGUGUUUACCAAACCAAAAAUUCCAGGCUGUCCAUCUGUCCCCUGCAGCCAGCCAGCUCAUUCCCCAGUGCCCACCCCCACCGUCCCACCUCAGGACCUUGGCUGAACAACACACAUCUCAUUUCUUCUCGGAGGGGCAAGUGUGGGCAGCCGACCAGUGCUCCCCUGGGUACGCAGGUGCCCCUGGUGUCUGACCGCCUUGUCCACCUGCUGCCGGAACGGGGACUGGCCAGGCAAAGAGUCCCACAGGCAGAGGUUUCUCGGAUUCUCGGGCCAGGCUCACAGGGCAGCCCAGGACCACCUGGGGCCUCCCACUCAGCUGCCACCACCCCCACCCUCUGCACUCCCAGCACCCUGGCUCCCUUCCUCGGUCCCCCGAGUGGCCAGCACCCGGGCUGGCAGCCGAGUGGCCCCAGUGCGGCACCUACUCAGGCUUAAAUCUCAGGCUUCACGUCACAGUGAUGAUGGCUGUUUUAUUUUUAGAGAUGACACACCUGCCGCUUCUUUUCUAGAAUGAAACCCAGCUACCAUUUAACCGUGGCGCAAACACGCUCAGA